UUUCUUAAUUUCAUUGACACGAAGUUGAAGCUUCAAAGAUAAGGCCAUAAAAAGUUGGAAAGCUUUUUUAGGUUUUACCUUUUUCUUAGGUGCAGUAAUUAGUCACCUUUUUUGUAUAUGUAUUAUACAGCGCCAUCUGGCUAAAACUCGAAAACAAAGCAGCGACUCAAGUUAUCUCGAAAAAGGCAAGAACCCGUGAAGAUUUUCAAGCCCGCCCACGCCAGCCCACGCCAGUUGUCAGAAGAAUGGCAGCCAAAUUGAAAAAACGCGCCUUGGCCGAAUACGCGGAAGUGGCGGAUCCACCCAAGAUCGAGACGCCCGCACCCACCGCCGCGCCCACAGCCAUGAGUUUGGACCUUGAUCAGGCCAAUUGCUCGCCGCUCAAACGUCCAAAGAAGCGCUCGCCAUCACCGCCGUCCUCCCAGGCCGCCCCCGACCUUGGCCUUCCCAAAGCUCAAUGGGAGCCCCUGGAAGGACGUGGGGGCGGUCCCUCGACCCAGAUCGAGUCUAAAAAGAAGCGCUUGCGCCAUCUCAUGCUUUUGGCGGCCGAAGGGCCUUCCCGCUUGCCCACCACGGCUAUUGUGCCGUUGGCCGAGAGCUGCUUUCCUUUGGCGCAACUGAGCACGGAAAAGGAGAUCACUGCUCUGUUGGUGCAAACCAUGCCUUCCUUGCGGCGACGUUCGCGCGAAGAGUUACUGGAAUUGGCCCAAAUCGUGUGGCAAGUGGUCCAGCAACACCUCAACCAAGACGACGUUUGUGCGCGACUUUUGCUCUUUAUGGAACAUCUCUUGUCCCAGGGGUCCAAUUCGGAGGAUGUUCGACUUUGGAUUCGAGAGCAUUUGCCCGAUUGGGUGGCCCAAGUGGACCACAUGUCCUCGGAGGAAGCGUUUGUGGGCGAAUCGCUCAAAUUCUGGUCGCAUUUCCACUUGUACAAGAUCCCGUUGUCGGGAGCGUUGUGUCAGCACAUUACAGAUUUGACGGCCAGUAAGAUUAAAACCCGGAGUGUGCGGGUUCAAGUGGCGUGCUUGCAAAUGUGGGGCCAAUGCGUCCGCCAAUCGGCCAAUCCGGAUGUGAAUCGACGAAUUCACACGCUGGCCGGGAAAUACGGCCAGAGCCAAGAGCCGCGCGUACGCAAAGAGGCGUUUCAAGUGCUGCUGGAAUUGGUCCGCGGGUUUCCUCAAAAAUUCAGUCACAGUGUGUACAAGUCGGUAGUGAGUGCACUCAAGGACGACUACGAAGGAGUGCGCAUUGUGGCUCUAAACUUAAUUUAUGCCAUUGCCAAAGCCCAUCCGCAGGAAACAUUUCGGGAGAAUAAGCUGGAACGCCGAUUGGUGGACGACGCAUUCGGACACAUAUGUAAUACCAUCAACGACUUAUCGAUCAAGGUCCGAGAGAAAGCCGCCGAACUCAUGGGACUCAUGAACUUUGUAUCCCAGAAUUUUCUGGAGCAAACGCUGGAUAAGAAACUCAUGUCCAAUUUGAGGGCCAAACGAACCGCCCACGAACGGGAGUCCAAGUUGGUCUCAUCCGGUGAAUGGAGCUCAGGUAAAAAGUGGGGUGAUGAUGCGCCCAAAGAGGAGCUUGACGCCAGCUCGGUCAGUGUGAUGGCUUUGGGUGCUUGCGGUGCCUUUGUUCAUGGUUUAGAAGACGAGUUCCUGGCCGUGAGAAGCAUGUCCAUCUCGUCCCUCACUCAGCUGUCCGUGAAGAAUCCAAGACUGGCGUCCAUGGCCCUAGAUUUUCUGGUGGAUAUGUUUAAUGAUGAGAUUGAGCUCGUUCGUUUGAAGGCCAUCGAGUCACUUCGACUCAUCGCCAGUCACAUCAGUCUUCAAGCCCAUCAACUUGAGGUCAUUCUCACGGCAUUGGAUGAUUAUUCAAUCUUGAUCCGCGAGCGACUACACUCGAUGCUACAGUCUUCGAAUUUGGCCACCAAGGACGGCCUUCAACGAGUGAUCCAGAAGUUAUUGGACAAUCUGAAAAAGUACCCCCAUGAUCGCCGUUCGAUCUUUGCCACCUUCAAGAAUUUGGGAGAGCGCCAUUCCGAGCUUACUCUGCCCCUGGUGCCACAACUUCUGGAGAUCCAUCCAUUUUUCGAUACAGCCGAGCCAGAUUUGGAGGAGCCCUCAUAUUUAUGCAUUCUGAUUCUGGUCUAUAAUGCUUCGGCCCGAUGUCCUACAAUGGAGCCUCUACUCGAUUGUCACACCAAGAGGCAUUUUCUCUACCUUGUGGACACCUACCCGCAUCUCACUCCGAAAAAGGAGAAUCAGCUUGCCCACCGCUCGGGUCGAGAUCUGGAGGUAACGGCGGCCCAAACCAAAGGCAACACGGAGAUCUUUCUGCACAAAGUGGCGAGUCAAGUGACGGAUUCGGAACACAUGAAUAUGCCCAACCGAAUCAAGCUCCUCAGCCGAGCUUGCUCGGAUUUGAAGCGGCUCGGAUCCUUUGAACCGUCCGUGGCACAUCGAGCUAAAUUUCUGCACUUGUACGUUGAAUGCCAGGUACUCAUUUUGAAAUGCCUGGCCACGCGCUUCUGGACGAAUUCGAUGAUCAUGUCACAACAGGAAAAGGCCGUGAUUGAAUCCAUGAUUGCCCAAUUGUACUCGAACACUCUUCAGCUUCAGUAUCGAUUCUCGAAUCUGACACUCCCCCAACGUAAGAAAGUACUCCUGCUGAAGAUCCAUGUGCUCUCCCUGCACGCCUUGUUCAUUGUUCUCGCCUCGAACAAAAGUGCAUUGGCUGUGACCGAGGACUUCUUCCACGAAGUUGAGGUCAUGAUCAGCACUUUAGACUCUCCCGAAGAGGUUGACGAGUCGCCAUUCUUGGCCGCUCUUUUGGCCGCACUCUCGUCUACCGAUGAUCACAAGCCAGGAUCGGUUGUCAAAAUUGUCCAGCCUCUGCUCUUGUCACAUCCCGUCGAGGCUUGCCAAUUGGGAGAACAACCCAUAUCCAUGAGCCAUGCCGUCAUCUUUGAGCCUCUGGGCAUGAAUGAGACCCCAUUAAAGUAUCUAGCUGGGAUGAUCCUAAGCGUACCUGUUGACUGCGAAAUUUACCAUGCACCGAAUCCCGGGGCAGUUCGGAUCGCGAUCAAGACCCCGGACCAGAAAAUUCAAUUGGUUACGCCCAAGUCAUCUCAGUUCAUUCCCAAAGACCACGAAAUCAAUUGCUACCGACUCCUAACGGAUGCCUUGAUGUCGCACAAUCAAGUGUGGUCGGAGGCGCUACAUGUGGAUGUGGGUGUGGUGCUGGACCUAUCGGCGCUCUCGGGCGUUAAAACCAAUUUAAUGCGAAAGGCCUCGACGAGCCUAGUGGACGAACGGAGACUCAUUCCUCUGUGCGAUCCCGUUAAGGUUUAUGUUUUGCCCAAAGCCGUCAAGCGAGGCAUUUAAACGGAUAAUAAUAAAGUGGCAGAAUUUUCACAACAAAAAAAGUAGAGGUCACUAUAUUUCAUUGGUUGCAACUAGAGCUUGUUGAAACUCUGUAGAGACUAGGAAAAAAAUCCUCCUGACCAUGACAUGAAAAUAAUAUCACACAAAUUUCUAGCUUAACGUG